AAUAUAAACAGCAAGUGAACCAGCAGACAGAUAGCAUUGGUUGGCGUUAUAUUAAGUCCGUAUAAAAGAAUUUACUUCCUUCCUUUGUUACAUCCUACGAUACAGCAUCUAAAUGGCAGCAAAAGCUUUUUCAAAGGAAGAAUUGAAUUUCUUUAAAUUUGCAUCCAUCGUCCUCGAUGAAUUUCCAAAAAUGUUACGUUCGACAUUUGUGACACUGUGGAACACUAAGAUUGCACCAUUGCCAGGAUACCACGAGUGGGACGACACACCCGAAGUACGACAACUUUUUUUGGCACGCGAAGGGGGUACACCAAAAAUACCAGUCAGUGAUUCGUUCGAGAAAUGGGAUUGUACAGCGUUGUUUCAAGCAACUAUUUACUCGAAGAGCUUUGGAGUCUUCAUGACUUCACCGACCACCAAAAAGACGCCAACCAUCAAGACACUCAGUGAUCAAUAUAUAAAGGGGAAGAAACCCAGACCUUUUCAUCUCUCCUCGAUUAGUGCUACAAAAAACCAUGAUGAAACGAUAGCUUUAGCAAUCGACCAAGUUCGCUUGCUUAGAAACACUUUAUGUCACUUGUCCGGGUCCAGAGUAACAAAAGAUGAUUUCGAUAACUAUGUUCGACUCGCUAAGGACGCUUUUGAUGCAGUUAAAUUCUCAACAUCUCAAAUUGAUAAUAUUGCAAUUCUUGAAGAGGAAGACUUUCCAACUGACAAAUUUAAUCAGUUGAGUAAAAAAAUUGCGGCUGAUCUUCAGGGAAGUAACAAGUUUCUUCAAGAAAAAUUAGAAACGAUUAUAACAACGCAUGUUGAUGAAAGCAAAGUCUUUCAAGAAUCUGUUUUACAAAGACUUGAUAAGAUGCAAAGAAUACCAAGAACCAGGAUAGUAAAAAGAAGUAAGACAGGUAUUUAUAACAUUAUAUAUUCAUAUAUCUUGCAAAUGCUGCAAUUUCAUUGGCUAAAACUUGAUAAGGUGGAGGAGAAUACUAAGGACCAGGAUAGUAAGAAAGAUAAUAAGACAGUAACUGGGCAGGAGAAACUUUUGGCGAUUAAUGCCCUGUGUUCCGGAUCGAGCAGUGACGGAGGUGAUUUUGUAUUCCGUGUUACCGCCAAGCAUGUGAAAGUAAUUACGGAUAUGAACAUCAUCGCUGAUGUUACUCUUGGUGAACUUAUCGAUACAAUGGAGAUAAUUAACCCAGCGGUUUUCCAGAAAGCUACGAAGAGAAGUUUUGGUGAUGAACGAGAUGACCAAGAAUUUAAAAAGUUUAAAAAAGGAAGUCUUCUUGUACCACUGCACUGUUUUACAGAUGAAGGGUUUCUCGAGGUUUUGGAUGAUUUUAAAUCUGGAAGACUAAAAGAGCGUUUGCUGAAGGAAUUUUCGCUGAUUGGAGUCACAGUGGAAGGAAUGGAGAUUGAGAUAGUGAAUAUGGAUGAAGUAAAUAAAACGGAAGAAGCUAUAAUGAAAAGAAUCAAACAAGGCAAAGAAGUAAACGAAAAGCAAAGGCUAAAAGAAAAAGGAUCAGUUGAAGGACCUUGCGAUGAUAUCGUAAUUUUUCCAACAAAGGGAUUUAACGUGAUAGCGAAGGCUAAAGAGGAGGAUGAGAUGAAAAGAAAGAAUUUGGAGGAGUUUUAUUUCGAGAUUGAAGAGUGUGUCAGGCAAUUGGAUGUUUACACGAUUCCGGUUCUAAACGUCUACUAUGGCAAUCGUAGUAUUUUGAAUGUUUUGGCAGAACAAAGGCGACGCUUAACGAACACAGAAUAUAACAUUCUUAUUGCAGGUGAAAGUAGCGCUGGAAAAAGUAGUUUAGUGAAUCUUAUUCUCGGAGAAGAGCUUCUUCCACAUCACGCUCUGAAUACCACCUCCACAAUAUGCGAAGUAAAAUAUGGGAAGGAACGAAAAUUGAUUGCUCACUAUAACUACGAUGAACGAUCACGGAAGCGACGCAUACCCACAAUACAAGAGUUGAAAACAAAAGAAGAAUGUGGCAAAAAUUACUGCGAUCAAAUUGCUCCCUUCGUGCAAAUGCAGUGCGACGAGCGAGAAAAGGGAUCCCGAUAUACUAGAGUAGAAAUCUUUUGGCCGCAUGAAUUACUUCAGGAAGGUGUUGUUAUUAUUGAUAGUCCAGGCCUGGGUGAAUCUGAUGAUAUGGACGAAGUUCUGAUGAAAUAUCUUUCGAAUGCUCUUGUGUUUAUCUAUGUUCUUGACACUUCCCGUGCUGGAGGAGUACAAAAAGAGAUCAAAGAAAAGCUAAGGACUAUCUUAAAAAAGGUGAAGUCCUCCAGUGGCGGCCCUGAGACCCUUCAACAUUUAGCCGAAUGUUCCAUUUUUAUCUGCAAUAAAUGGGAUCAAGUAGAAGAGGAUGAAAGAUCAGAAACGAAGAAACAUGUCGUCGCAAAGUUAAGAGAGUGUUGGGAAGAUUCAAAUUUGAAUCAUCAAAUGGUGUACAUGUCAAUAAAAGACGCCAUCAAAGCACAUGAAUAUGGCGGAGUCACAGAGGAGUUCAGCGAUUUGCUCAAAAAAAUAGAGACGCUGGUAUUGAAGGCAAGGAAUAUCAGUCUAUACAACCAAUGGCAGUGGUUGUAUACAUUGCUGUGUAAUAUUCACAGAGUAGCGUAUUUCUUCAACCAAGUAAUACAAUCAUCUCACAAAACAACUCGUGAAAAGAUGGAAUUCAUCAAAAAACGCAUAGAAAAAAUUGAAAAACAAGAGCAAGAGGUAAAACAGGACAUGGCAGAAAGAGUGGAAUAUCAGACAAAAGUUCUCCUCGCCAAACUCGAAGAAUAUAUACAUUCGAUGGAUUUCAAAACGAAGUUCUGUUCUUGGGAUAACUGUGCAUUUCCACCGCAUGGAAUAACUUGGGAAGUAACAAAAAGCAAUGUCAACAUGGCAAUUGAUAACCGAUUCAAAGAAUUGCUUAUUGAGUGGGAAAAUGACCAUCAAGUUUAUGCUGAAAUUCACAGGCAGCUUCUGGACGAAUUCCGUACAAGGCUGAAUCUUUUGGAAGAGGAACUUCAAGGUGUUGACAAGGCGAUGCAUAGUGUGGAAAGACAAGCUGAUUAUUUGAAGAAUCAAAAUAAAAUUUCGACAACAACCAAAGUUAUCUUCGGUGCAACGAGCCCUCUUUGGAUUCCCUUUGGUGUGGCGGGGUUGGUGAUUGGUAUGCCUGUUUUGGGAGCAAUGGCGGUAAAACGUGAAGUAAGUACAAGAAAGAUGUUUGACAAUUACCAAAACAAUCCGCGCGACUAUCUGGAAAAAGAAUCUGAAAAAUAUCUGGAGCGACUGCCAAAAGAAUACGUGUUACAAUAUGCCCAACGCCAGAUGAAGAACACCAAAAUGGUGCUAUCAAAAUAUGGAGAUCAAAUUCCCAUCCUGAUCGAGGCUGAUCGUAAACUGGUGACGCAAUUAAUUAAUGAUACCCGAAGUCAGGAUGAAAUAUUAAAACUGUAUGACCCAAUUCAGAAGAAAAGUAGCGAGAUGAUAAAUAGAAUCCUACCCUGGGGAAUCAAGGUUUGUCCAGAAACAAUAAAUGCCAGUGAUCUUGAAUGGAAACCAGACAAGAAUUCGUUGAUUGGAGAGGGAGAGAGUUCCAGAGUGUACAGAGGGAAGUUAAGUUGUCCCAGAACCAAAUCGCAGACUUCUGAAAUGGAAGUGGCAGUGAAAGUAUUCGAAUAUCCAUUUGAUAAUCCGAAUUCAAAAUUCUUUCUGUAUGAAGAACUGAAGAUCAGGGAUUUGCAUCAUGAAAACGUUCUCAAGUAUUUUGGAGCAACCCGAAUUAGUACUCCUCUUUCAUCAUACAAGUACAAAUUCGUAUUCGUAAUGCAAGCAGGUCGACAAAACCUAAGAAGUGCCAUUUUUCGUGACCGAAGUCUAACACCUGCAGAAUCUGAAAACCCCAAACUAGCAAAUGGCAAGUUCAUUAAGAGGGCGAUGGACAUAGCAGCUGGUCUAAACUACAUUCACGAGAGAGGACUCAUCCACAGACAUCUCAAGCUUGAAAAUAUUCUGGAAGAUGAGGAUGGGACCGCGAUGAUAUCUGAUGUUGGAAUUGCGGGACGAUUUCUGGAAACAGAGAAAAGCAUGCCUUAUCUUGCGCCUGAAGUACUUGAAAACUUGACGAAUCGCACAAAAAAAGCAGAUAUCUAUAGUUAUGGUAUCAUGUUGUGGGAGAUGUGGUAUGGCACCCAGGCGUUCACAGAACUCAUGCCUAUCGACAAGGUCAAAUUCCGAGAAAAGAUAGCAGAUGGGUACCGUCCAAAGAUCGACCAAAUAACGAUCAACAUUCCAGAAAUACAUGCUGUCAUGGUGAGAUGUUGGGCCACUGAAGCAGAAGAAAGGCAUUCUGCUAAAAAAUGCUACGAGAUAUUUCAAGAAAUGAUUGAAAAAGAAGUCAGCGAAAUGUUGGCAAAAGACCGAGGAUGUGUCGAAAUGUUAUGCACAGAACCAUCUGAAGAAAUACAGUUAACAUCUCCACCACCAGAAAAUACAUCUCAUCAGGAAUUUGAACAGUCCGAAAUCAACAGGGAAACUCUAUUAAAAGCACUUGCGGAUAUUGAGAAAGAGAUUGAAAAGUUAAAUCAGGUCAAUCUCGCAACACGAGUGAAAGACUUGCGAGCGCAGGUUAGUGUUGUCUUGGAAGUACACUCUAACGAUAUCAGACGCCUAAACGCUGAAAUCGAUAGUCUCAAAGAGCAAGUUGAAAUGUUGAAAGCAAAAAAUGACGAGUUAAAUAAUAAAAACGAGCAGCUCAUGAAUAAAUUAGCGGUUGCCCAAACAACGUGGGAGUGGGAAGCACACUUAGCAAGAUUUGUGAUCGAACCCCGAACACGAAUCUAUUCAGUUGCCAGGUUUAAACAAAUGCAACGGUACCUUAAAAGAGUAGGAACAACAGACAACCUUUGGAAAAAGAUACAAGACCAUUAUGGUAAAUGGACUAAUGACCAUUGGGAAAAAAUCUAUGAUGUGAGAUCGGAGAGAAAUUGUAUUGCACAUCCGGAUUUUCUCGAACUUGAUCUCGUAGAAUCUGAAAUACUGAACAUGCCACCAGACUUUCAUGAACCCAUGCGAGACAUGUUGGCAAUGCUAAAGACGACUGCCAGUCUGAUGAAAUUUGGAAGGCUAACAAAGUUCUUCACUAGAAACAACUUAUUUCCGUCUGGAAAGGUAGGUAGUGAAGAAUUGGAGCCGCAAGUACUGAAAGAUAUCACCUCGUGGGAUCGUGAAUUUGAACAAAUUGAUGGUCUCCAGAACAUCGAGCACCAAGAAGCGAAAGGGUACUUAGCUAAGUACGUAAACCAACCUGAAAAAAUCACGCAGUAUUUUUCAAUCGUUGACCUGAUCAAGAGUGAAAACAAGAAACCAUUGGGAAAACUGGCUUGGGAGUUCGAAACUCGUUAUUCUUCGAGAAUGACAAAUGAAGAGAAGGAAGCAUUGGCCGAAUUGAAGAAGUUGGCCCCAGAAAAUGAAAGAAAGGUGAGAAUUUUGGAUGCCACCAUAGCAAAGUUGCACAUACCCGACUUCUUGCCAAAGCAUUUGUGGAAACAUGGUUUAAAAAUCGUUGACAAAUAUUCUAAAUUGUAGAAAUAAAAAAGGUCACGUUCAUCACGUAGAUCAUUCACAAGAAACUUUCCUUUUUUGUGUAUUUCAAUAACUCGCACAUAGUGAAAACUGUCUCGAGUAGUUAAUUAAAUGUUUAUAUAUACAAAACUAAUGUAUGUCGUGGUAACAAUUAUACCGCUAUUUAACGAUGAAGAAACUUUAACAUGUAAGAUAACGAAUGAAUAUAACGUAGGUGUUUGCACAUUCGGGCACAGUGAAGAGAAACAAUAGCAUGUAGUCAAAAGACACAACAGUAUUCUGAAAUAUUUAGAAGUAGAAAACAUUUCUUGCAGGCACCUGAAGCCGUUUUAAAAUCGAUAUAACUCUUAUAAUGAGACUUUUGUCGGUAUAAAUAAGCAUUAAGCAUUUUUUAUGUCAAAUAACAUAUGCAUGUAUUAAAUAUUCGUAGAGGUGCUCGAAGACCUCACGAAUCGUACAAAAGCAGGAGAUGUAUAUAGUUAUGGUAUAGUGUUGUGGAAGAUGUGGUAUGGCGCCCAGGCGUUCACAGAACUUAUGCCUAUCUAAAGAGUCCAAUUCCGAGGAAAGCUGGUUGCAGGGGAUCGUCCAAAAAUAGAUAGAAACAAAAUCAACAUUAUAAGACUACUUGAUGCCAUGGUAGCAUGCUGGGCUACUGAGGUUGAAAACAGAUUGCCAAUGAAAGUGUGCUAUGAUGCACUAUCGGAUGUGACAGAAUGGAUCCUGGAAUGAUGAAUGUCGAAAGGCAGAAAGCAUUUAAGCACAUUUUACUGAAGAACACACAGCCCGCC